UGCUUUUCUGCAUUCCGCUCUCUUACCUUCCAUGCAAAGCAUCUACACUGUGCUCAUGAGCGCCUGGACGUUCAAGAUGGGUCAGGUGCAUUUCGAAUUGAUCUUCCUUCGGACCUCUCAAGACCGCCACUGGGAAACGUUUCGUUCACAAGUUUACAUCUGCCCUCUCCCUGCAAACUAGCGUACCCUUCGGACUGCUUGCAACCAUUCCUGUGACUUCCCUGCUUGCUGCGCUUCCGAACUGUUUCUAAACCAUCUUGUUUCUUGCCUUGUGUAGAGACGACACAUGGUUUCAAGUGAACUACGCAGUCCACAAGGUGACACCGCGAUUCUUCUGGCUCGUCCUUUGUCGAGAGCCAAAGAAUACCGAUCCAAGAUAGGGAAGCGUCCUUCUCCCUUCUCUGUACGUGAGGACCACACAAGGGGCGACGUCAAGGUCAAGGUCAACAGGUACUUCAGCGUCGGCGACAGAAAACAAGAUAACUAUGUCCGACAACAAUCAAAGUGCCGCUGUCGACAACAAGUGACAAGAGUCUGCGGGCCAACGGCAAGAUCGGCAAGAAACUUUUGAGGACUAUUGAGAGUAACCUAUCGUCGUCGUGUAGGUUAGUAUGUCCAGGUCGACGUGGAGGAUCGUUCAAGGAGAUAGGUAAUAGGUAAGUAACCUAUCGUCGUCGCGUAGGUUGGUAUUUCCAGGUCGACGUGGAGGAUCGUGCAAGGAAAUCGGUAAGUCACCAAUCGUGGUCGCGUAGGUUGGAAGAUGGACUUGGAGGAUCGAGCAAGAAAAUCGGUAAGUCUCCAAUCGUUGUCGCGUGGGUUGGACUUUACAGGUUCAUGUGGAAGUUCACACAAGGAAAUUGGUAAGUCACCAAUCGUCACCGCGUGGGUUGAAAUUUCCAGGUCGACGUGGAGAUCGCGUAAGGAAAUCGGUAAGUGUUCAACCGUCUCGCGUGGUGGAAAGCUGACGUAGAGAUCGCGCAAAGACAUCGGUAAGUCUCUUAGGGUUGGAAGAUGGACGUGGAAGAUUGCGCAAGUAACACGGAGGAAUAUUCAUGAGGAACACCGAAACCGUUGCUAUGCGCGUGGGAAUGUAAAUGUGGUGUAUCACGAGAGAUUGCAUGAAUCAGUAAGUCACCAAUUGAUUGUGUGAGUUGGAAGGCAAACUGGAGUAGUGUGGACCUUCGCCCGAUCAGUACGGUAAGUCAGAUGUAACUCUUUGCCCUGCGAGUGGAAAGUGGGCAUGGAGUAUCGUCAAAGUCGCGCUAUGGACUAGGUAAGUCAGCGAUCGGCACUGGAUGACUUGUAAUAUAAAAGCGCAGAAUCGCUCGGGACAACUAGUAACUCUGAAGCGGGGAUUUUGGAAAUGUAAACAUGGAGACUCAGACGUGCCGCAUCAUCAAACGGGAGCGCUUGGGGAAUCGCUGAAGCAAGUUGGUAAGUCGAUUCGCCCCUCUCAUCUCUGGCAUCUGGUUAUGCACAUUUGGGGCACACCCCGACACAUCACCAUGUGCAUGAGCUACGUGAUCCUCAUCUCGUGCGGCCUACACCUUGCCGCGUGCGUGCCGUUGAGUACGAGUAGAUACGCGUCAACAUAGUCAGGUGUGCUGCGCAUCCCAUGUGCAGGUGACCGCUCGGUGAUGCUGCGCAGGUUAUUUUAAGGUCAGCGCAUCACCGUAUCACCUGUUGCAAUGCAUGGGCGCACGUGCGAGUUGGCGCGCGCUUGUCUGAUGCACCUGCGCAUGUUCCUUGUCAUCUGCAUGGACCACGUACUAUCAAGCGCGAAAGGGGACACAUUUUGGCAUGCUUCGCAUACCUAUCCUACCCGCGUUAGAUGUAUGGGUAAUACUGCGCAUGGCAUGCAUCGCAAGUCAUUGAGCGGGCGCGCGUCAACUCGCAUGUAUAACAAGCUCUCCAGUGUGUACGCUGGUUACUGGCAUACGCAUCUGCUCUGUCACCGGCUUUGGCAAAGCAAAGUACCAAACAAACCCUUGGUAUAAAGGCCCAUUAAUAUAAUGAGUAAGCCUACCAGAUUCCGAUCCCAUCUGUUCGUUAUUGGCGUUUGGGAAUGGCAAUCCCAGGGACAACCCGUUGUUUGGUUUCAUAUUCUGAUACUCUGGUGGUGCGAGGCUCUUGGAGCAGUACACGUUGAAA